AUGAAUUCAUGUGAUUGUAUACUCCUGCCAAGUUGGACGGGAGAUGAAUGGAACAACUUUCUUGCCCGGAUUGGUCGUCCUGAGAAUACACUGGAGUCAGAACUUAAAGAUGCCAACGAUAUCCGAGAACUCCGGUUUUGGGCUUCGUACAGAGGCCAAACUUUAGCCAGAACUGUUCGGGGAAUGAUGUACUAUAGAAAAGCUCUCAUGCUUCAAUCCUACUUAGAGAGGGUGACUACUGGAGAUAUGGAAGCUGCUGUUUCUGGAAAUGAAGCAGCUGAUACCCAAGGUUUUGAGUUGUCUCCUGAAGCAAGGGCUCAGGCAGAUCUGAAGUUCACAUAUGUUGUUACAUGCCAAAUAUAUGGUAAACAGAAAGAAGAGCAAAAACCUGAGGCUGCAGAUAUUGCAUUGCUAAUGCAAGAAAAUGAAGCUCUUCGGGUUGCUUUCAUUGAGAAUGUUGAGACUCUUAAGGAUGGUAGAGUACACACAGAAUAUUUCUCAAAACUCGUGAAGGCUGAUAUAAAUGGGAAAGAUAAGGAAAUCUACUCCGUAAAGUUGCCUGGAAAUCCUAAACUUGGUGAAGGGAAACCUGAAAAUCAAAACCAUGCUAUUAUAUUUACUCGUGGAAAUGCAGUACAGACAAUAGAUAUGAAUCAGGAUAACUAUUUUGAGGAAGCUUUGAAAAUGAGAAAUCUUCUUGAAGAAUUCUACUGUGAUCAUGGUAUCCGCCCUCCUACCAUUCUUGGUGUCAGAGAGCAUGUAUUUACUGGAAGUGUCUCUUCUUUAGCAUCGUUCAUGUCCAACCAAGAAACGAGCUUUGUGACUCUUGGUCAGCGUGUCUUGGCGAAUCCUUUGAAGGUUCGUAUGCAUUAUGGUCAUCCAGAUGUUUUUGAUAGAGUUUUCCAUAUUACUCGGGGCGGCAUCAGCAAGGCCUCUCGCAUUGUUAACAUCAGUGAAGAUAUUUAUGCAGGUAUGAAUGUUGUGGUGGACGCUUGA